AUGUCUGCAACCGGCGCAAUGCUAGGCUCAAAGAGCAGUUUCUCCACCCGCAUCUCCCUCCGCUGGGUUCCUGAGGUUCCCGAGGAGACCACAGACACAAUCGUCCUCUCUGUCGGAGAAUGGUUCGUCGACCUCCGCAUGGAUAAGGCUUCUGGCCAGAUUGACUGGGCAAUGGCCGGUACUCGGAUUGAAGAGAAUCCCAAUGAAGUGCCCUUGAAAGUACUCUUCACACGCGAACUCGAUUCCUUCAAUGAGAUCGGAAUGGUAGACGCGGCCAGAUUCAGCCCACUCCCCAACGGCGAUGAUCUCGAGCAGGGUGAAAUGCCUCGCACCGAUCUCCCCGGCGCCCCGAUGACGGCCUUUGAGGAAGUGUGGCGCGAGUUGCCUUUCCGGGAAGGUCCCGAAGGUGCCAAGAAGGGAAUUUCAUGGAUUUUGGAAUCUGAUGAUCGGGAUCUGGAUUUUGGAGAGAACGGAGAGGGAGAAGUUACCAUCACUAAGGUGUUUAUCGGUCGGAUUUGGGGAACUUAUUUGGCGUUCCGUCAGGUUCAGACUCAUGCUCGUCAGAAGGAGGGUGGGGAAUUCACUGUUAAGAGAUCGGGGGCGGAGGUUAGUGCCAGAAAGGAGGAGUGGAGCUCUGGGUCUGGGUGGGAAGAAAAGUAUCUUGUGGGUCCUGAUGGGGGUGCUGUGCGUUCGAUGAAGAGUGGAUUUGAUGGGGAAGGAAAGGGUUCCUGGAGAGUUCCUGGGGAGACUGUUACCAUUGAAGGAAAAUCUUUCGUUGUUCGGGCUUUCGAGGAGAUUCAAUAG